AUGAUGCCGCAAUCGCCGAGGGGAGACGGGCCUCCCCACCUCCGCCUCAACUCGGGCUCCCACGAGCCCACAACCGACGAUAACUCGCCACCUGCCGUGCGACCGAGCACUGCACGAACCAACUCGGCACGCUCAUUAACCCAGCAAACCCGCCCCGGUACCGCCCCAAGUCCUGGCAUCCGAUCGCCAGGAGCACCCCAUAUAUAUAGCGAUGCAGCCAUCGCAGAGUCUGCCGAGAUGCUGCUCCCGCCCCAAAAGAUGAGGACGCGCUCCUACCGAGACGAGUCGCCUAUGCAAUCACCCUCUGGCUUUUCUUCGCGGCGGACAAGUUGGAGUUCGGACAUGACGGGAGGCCCGUUUGCUUCGCCUUUUGACGACUCGAGGGCGCCGUCGCGAGCUGGCAGCGAAGAGGACCUGAAUACACAGACUGUGUCUGAAAAGUUCAACAUUCACCCAUCAGCCGGCCUGUUACUAUUCCCGGAAGAUGUGGAGAAGGACGAUUACCUGCACAAUCCCGACCCCAACGACAAGGACAAGAGGGACUGUGACAUCUUCACCCGGAGAGGUAUAGUCAAUCUCGGAGGUCUGGCCAUUCUCGCGCUCGGCCUUCUUAUGCUUUUCAUCGGUUAUCCCAUUCUCACCUUCGUCCAGGACGUCACAACGCCAGAAAAGGGUCCUUGUACAGGUAACCCUCUCUGUAUACAAGGUAAGCAGAACGAGCCACUACUUGCCAACAUCCGGAGAGGUCUCAUCGACCCGGACACGCCCAAGGACGUUAUGACGCGAACAUCAUACAACGGCGAGAAGCAGGUCCUUGUCUUCUCAGACGAAUUCAACACCGACGGUCGCACCUUCUACGAUGGUGACGAUCCAUUUUUCCAAGCUGUGGAUAUCUGGUACGGUGCUACUAUGGAUUUGGAGUGGUACGAUCCAGACCAAGCUUUCACCAAGGACGGUGUUCUCAACUUAAGAUUCACCAAGGAGCCGAGCCACGGCCUCGAUUACCGCUCCGGUAUGAUCCAGUCGUGGAACAAGCUCUGCUACAAGGGUGGACACUUGGAGGCUUCCAUCUCACUACCCGGUCGUGGUAACACUAGUGGUUUCUGGCCUGGUUUCUGGACCAUGGGCAACCUGGCUCGUCCUGGUUAUUUGGCCUCGACCGAAGGUCUCUGGCCAUACAGUUACCAUGAUGAGUGCGAUAUUGGUAUCACACCGAACCAAAGUUCAUAUGACGGUCUGAGCUACUUGCCUGGUAUGAAGUUGCCCGCUUGCACCUGCAAAGGCGAAGACCAUCCUACCCCCGGUAAAUCCCGAAGCGCUCCGGAAAUCGAUGCCCUUGAAGGUUCUGUCCAUUUCCUCGGCCCCGGAGAGAGCAACGCUAUUGGUGUGGUAUCUCAGUCUUUCCAAGCAGCACCUUUUGACACAUGGUACAUGCCUGACUAUGAAUACAUGGAGCUCUAUGAUCCCUCGAUUACCAUGAUGAACAGUUACAAGGGUGGACCUUUCCAGCAGGCUAUUUCUGGCUUGACCAACCUGAACAACGACUGGUACGACGGCAAGCAGUAUCAGACUUAUUCGUUCGAAUACAAGACCGGCGACGAAGGCUUUAUUACAUGGUACGUCGGAGAGGACAAAACCUGGACCAUGAACGCUCAAGCGACACGUGCCAACGGUAAUAUUGGCACGCGAAUCAUCCCCGAGGAGCCCCUGUCUGUCAUUGCCAACUUCGGAAUGUCGAACAGUUUCGCCGCUAUCAACAUCGAGGAUAUCGAAGCACAUGACCUUCCAGCUACCAUGCGGAUAGACUACAUCCGCAUUUACCAGCCAGAGGAUAACCAGAUGAUAACAUGCGAUCCUGAAGGUUACGAAACCACGGAAUACAUCAGGACCCACCCCGAACCUUACGCAAACCCCAACCUCACCGACUGGAAAUCUACCAAGUACGAUUGGCCAAAGAACUCCUUCAUGGAUGGUUGCAAGGAGUGA